AUGGUCGCUAAAGAAGGAUCUUAUUCACUGCCUUUGGAGAUAUUUACUUGCAAGACGGUUCACACAAUGAAACUUGGGUCUGGUUUUGCUAUCGACUUUAUCCCUGCGGAUGCUUUGCUUCCAGCUCUCAAGACUCUUCUUCUUGACUCUGUUCGGUUCUUUAAUGAUUUUGGUGGUCGUUGUGCGUUCCAAGCGCUUGUUUCUGCUUCCCCUGUGCUUGAGGAGUUGGUCAUGGAUGGUAUUGAGUGGGAAAGCUGGAGAUGGUCUUCGGCUGUGUCUAGUCCGAUCCUUCAAAGACUGACUAUCCGACGUCAAGUGUAG